AUUUUAUUUUUCACUUUUUUCUUCUUAAGACCAAUAUAAAUAUAUACAAUAUCACUAUGGUUUCUCUGUCAAAGUCCUUUGUCUUUAGCGCCCUCCUCUUGCUCGUCCUUUUGCAGACCGUUGCGGCUGACAUCUACUCUCAGCUCCAAUUUAUCAAAAUCCAAUCUCCCAAGAGUGGACAGAACAUUCGUGCAGGCGAGAAGAUUACCGUCAAGUACAUUAUGCAGCCUCUUAUCUCAGGCGGAACCUCCAUGGGUAAGGCUAUUAGCCUGAAGACCGAAUUCCACAAGAGAUCUGGUAACAAGAUCCAAGGAAAGCUUGCCACUAUGCACAGCACAUGCCCCGUUACUGCCAAAAACGACAAGUACGUUACCCAUAGCAACGUAUGGACCGUCCCUAAGACCACCAAGCCCGGAUCGUAUGCCGUCAGCUUCGUUGAAAAUGUUCAGCUCCGUCGUGGAAAGAUUGUAUCUACCGAGAGUGUCAAGAUCAACAUUGUCGAUUAAAAAAUGAAAAAUAAUAUUAUCAAUUAUUAAAGAAAAAUCAGCAAUAACUAUAACCACAACAGCAGCAGCAGCAGAAACAGAAGCAGCAGAAGCAACUAUUACUACUGCUACUACUACCACUACCACUACCACUACUACUAUCAGACGAACCCUUUUCUUUUUUGUACUAUUUGUUUUUCGUUUUUAUCUACAAAUUUUGGUAAAAAUGAAACCCAAAAAGCCAAAAAAAAUGUCACUUUUAUAUUUAUAUCACAUCUAUCUUCUUUUUCACUUUCACUUUUACCCACCACAAGUCACACCGCGCAAUAUACAACACAACACGCAAGAAAAAAAAAGAAAAAAAAAACAUAAUUAUAUAUAAAUACACAGACUGGUUUCUGAUAAUAAAUAUCUCUCUAUCUCUCUCGUUGUAGC